GUCAAGAGCGACACGCCAUUCUCUGCUCCCAGAGUGUAUGAGGACCUGGGAAGCUGGGAGUCGAUCCGACCGAUCUUUGAUGGCAUCCUGGAACUCUACAACGGUGACAACAGCCCCAUGAACCUGGUGCUGUUCAACGAUGCCUUGGCUCACUUGGUCCGCCUGCACCGCAUCAUCCGGCUAACCCGUGGCAUGGCCCUGCUGAUCGGCGUGGGCGGCAGUGGAAAGCAGUCGCUGACCAGACUGGCAACGUUUGCAGCUGGCUAUAAACUCUACGAGAUCACGCUGUCUCGUGGCUACGGUGAUGAUCAGUUGCGAGAGGACUUGAAGGCUCUCUACACGCAGACCAUCAAGCAGCCUAUUAGCUUCCUUUUCACAGACGCCCAUGUUGUUGAGGAGGGCUUCCUGGAGUACAUCAACAACAUCUUGACAGUUGGCAUGGUACCAGCGCUCUUCGGUGAUGACGAGAAAGAGCCGUUGGUUGGCGCCAUUCGAGCCAGGGCGCGCGGUGAAGGUGUGGCAGAGGCCGGCAUGUGGGCCUACGCCUGCGGAGUCAUCCGCGACAACUUGCACCUUGUUUUGGCGAUGUCACCGGCAGGUUCACAGCUGCGAACUCGUUGCCGGAACUUCCCUGGCAUGGUAGCAGGCUGCACCAUUGACUGGUUCUUCUCAUGGCCUCAGCAGGCACUGCUUGCAGUGGCCGAGCACUUCUUGGCUUCCGUCACGGGCAUUGAUGAUUUCAGGAGUUCCAUCACUGAUUGCAUGAGCUACGUCCACCUGUCCGUCACGCAGGAGUACUCACCGCAGUUCGAGGUGAAAUACAAGCGCCGAAACUUUGCCACUCCGAAGAAUUACUUGGACUUCCUGGCAAACUACAU